AUGUCCAACUUGGAAUUGGAUAGAUAUAUUGUCUUCAUUGCAAAUAUACCUGACGAAGUGACAAUGAACUGCUUUUUGUUUCAAAUCAAAGAGGGUCAACUUCCUGUUAAAUAUGGGGAAUUUAAAGUUCUACAUGGGAACAGUCCUUUGCGUCUAAAUGAAAAAGUUUUGCAAAAUGUUCAUAGCGGGGCAGAGAGCUUCAAUCAGAUAACCAGGUUUGAAAAGAAAAUGAAGUAUAUACGAAACAAGGACGCGACAGAAAAUCUCGAUAUUUCCAAUAAAAAUGAAAACGAAACCAGCAGUUACACAGUAGGAAAUAGAGUGCAGCACGUUACAAGUGUUUCCGUUGAGCGAGAAAAGACUAAGAACCGUUAUACUCAAGAACAUACGACCGGCAUAACAAAAAAACUGGAUAAAGAUAAUCACACUCCUACACCUGACAGACCAUCACCUAGGCAUCCAGGGUUUACUGGAUAUGGCAGCCAGGAUAUCAAGCAGAAAAUAAAUACCACUGCUAGCAAUGGCUGUACGAUACAGACAAACCAACGUGAUCCCGAACAGAACAAUCAAAGCAACAGAGGUCGAGUAACUGAACAAUCAACAAGCGCAACCAGGAAUGGACUUAAGCUUAGUAGUACACCUCACAGUUCGUGGCAACCACAAGACAACAAAACAACAACACCCACCACAAGUGACCGAGGUGAAAAGAAUGAGAACUUUCAAACAAUACUGAAAAAUACACAGAAACAACAGGAGCACCAAGGGACAACGCCCAAAACCAAUAAACAAGCUUCGGAACGGAAUAGCAACUUUCCAACAGCUUCGCAAGGAAUGCAGAAACAAUGGACGGACAAAGAGAAAACACCCACAACAAGUGAUCGAGAUGCAAAGUAUUACAACUAUCCAACAACUCCAGAAGAUAGGAAAGGACAACGAGAACAUCAAUGUUCAAGAAGUUACGAGUACCAAACAACUCCAAAAGAUAAACAAAAACAACGGCACCUCAAAGAGACAACACCCAAAAGCUCAGAAAGUGGCAAACUUGCAAGUACAUCGCAAAAACAGCGGGAGCAACACAUUGAUGGAGUUGGAAAGAAAGAUCGUUAUCCAAACACAAGACGAACAACAGAAGGUGCCCAACAUCUACAAUCGCCCAGUGUUAAGUACAAGGGUAGCGAUGGUCGAGCCAUGAAUGUAAUUGUUAACCAACCGUUGGGUUUCGGUGGUUCAGGCAGUCUUAAGAGAAAAAGUGGAGACUAUGACAAUGUAAAAGGCCACAUUGAAUUACCUCAACGCAAGAGCAGCAGACUAAACUCAGACUACAUUCCGCCAUCUCAUGAUACGCCCGAAGUAAUACACGAGAGGUCAAGCAUCCCAUCAGGAACAUUCAAACCGCCUGAAGUGCGUCACAAAAUCAAACAAACAGGAGAAAUUAGUGACAUUGAAACAACUAGAAGUAGCUGGACAAGAUGGUAUAACAGCGUAUGUUGUAGGAUGUCUAAACUAACUAGAAAUGAACCAGAGGUAGAAGAAAUCGGACUAAACAAAGUAGAGGACAAUGAUGGUACCAAGGUUUAUGUGUAA